UAGCCGCUCAUUUAAAAUGGUUUUUACGGUAUACCAAUUCGAAAAACAGAGUAUUGACCGAUAAAACUUGGCAACAAUCUGAUGAGUCACGACAUGGUGCACUUGCUGGUUGUAAUUUGUACGACGCCCACCUACGUAUUUUCGCUAUUUUGCCACUUGGUCUGAUAUUCUGAUUCCAUUGCGACAUUCUAAUAUGAGCUGUGCACAUUGCACGACGACUAUUUCGAGUCUACGCAGAUUUUUUAUGCUUUUUUCUUUUCUUCAAUAAAUUUCUUGAUAAAUUUUUUCCAUAAUAAUUUUGCAUUAAAAUUGUCGUUUUUGGAGACGUCCAGUAGCAUCGUGGUAGUUUAUUAUUUUGUGAAGAUUCAUACUGUUUAUUUACUUAUGAUAAACGCAUCGUCAGAUAUAGGAUGCAAGCGAUAAAGUGUGUUGUUGUCGGAGAUGGUGCGGUUGGUAAAACAUGUCUCUUGAUAAGUUACACAACGAAUGCCUUCCCUGGCGAAUACAUUCCCACAGUGUUUGAUAAUUACUCAGCCAACGUGAUGGUGGAUGGCAAACCGAUAAAUUUAGGUCUCUGGGAUACGGCUGGCCAAGAAGAUUAUGAUCGCCUGCGACCACUAAGCUAUCCACAAACAGAUGUCUUCCUCAUCUGCUUCUCUAUCGUGAACCCUGCCUCCUUCGAAAAUGUGAGAGCAAAAUGGUAUCCGGAAGUUAGUCAUCACUGCCCCAAUACGCCCAUGAUAUUGGUGGGAACGAAACUGGAUUUGCGAGACGAUAAAGAUACGCUAGAAAAGUUGCGCGAUAAGAAAUUGACUCCUGUAUCAUACCCACAAGGGUUAGCCAUGGUGAAGGAGAUCGGAGCCGUUAAGUAUCUGGAGUGCAGUGCGCUGACGCAAAAAGGAGUGAAGAACGUGUUCGAUGAGGCCAUUCGAGCGGUACUGUGUCCGCCGCCGAAACCGAAGAAAAAGAAACCGUGUCGCAUUUUGUAGCGAUUGGAGUCCAUCUUAUGUAGAAUCUGUAUUUCGAUGACAUGCAGUUUAUUCCAAGGCUCAAAUUGUUUUACAGUUUUAUUUAGCUAAUUACAGGGUUAGAUAUACGUAUUUUUGAUAAUUUUUUUUAUAUUUUUAUGUAAGUUCAACUUGUUUUUAAGGCAGCUGUGGUUGAGGAAUAUAUUUUGGUAAUUUAUACGAUACGUAUGCCUUGCGCAGUUCAGCUUGAACUGAAAUUGAAACUUUUCUGUAUGAUAAUAAGCAAGUUGACCGAUUAUGUUUGCUGCAGAAUGCCGAUAUGAAGAGUUAAAGGGUACAAGCACGCGUGACGCGUGGAGA